AUGCGGUUAACAGGAUUCUCAAUGCCACCACCAGUCACGAGCACGGGGUCCGUCUUCUCCCUGCGUCUUACCAGUGACUUCGCUGUGAGCGCUCACGGCUUUAAAUUAUAUUAUGAAGAACUGCAGAUCAGUGCCUGUGGAAACCCUGGGGUACCUCCCAAAGGCAUCCUUGUCGGGACACGCUUUAACGUGGGGGACAAGAUCCACUACAGCUGUGUAACUGGGUACGUCCUGGAUGGGCACCCCCAGCUCACCUGUGUCACCAAUGCGGAGAAGGGUGCCGUGUGGGACUUCCCUGUGCCCAUCUGCAGAGCUGAGGACACAUGUGGUGAUACUCUGAGGGGUUCAAGUGGCAUCAUUUCAAGUCCCAAUUUCCCGAGUGAAUAUUACAAUAGUGCGGACUGUACGUGGACCAUACUUGCUGAUCCUGGAGACACCAUCUCCAUCAUUUUUACAGACUUCCAGACGGAGGAAAAAUAUGACUACUUGGAAGUGGAAGGGUCUGAGCCUCCUACAAUAUGGUGA